CAACACAAAGUGUACCGUUGUAAGGGCCCCACCUUGCUAUGUCUCAGUCCUUCUACAUGAUGACUUCAUAUGUGAUUUCCCACGUCUGUCCGUCAGAACGGCCCAUUUGCGCCCCAGUGCAGGAGGGAGGCAGAGAGAACUUUCCUGACCACGACGCAGUAUGAGUAGCGGAGCGCAGGCCACUGGUAGCGCAUCAUCAGUCAAACCCACUUAGCGUUCAGCUCUCGCCAGUGUCUCAAACGCGUGGAUAAUAAACUUCGGCGCAAGCUAGAAACGGAUUACUGCCUUGGAAACACUCGAUGGUAUACGAAUUUCACAUUUAGUCCGUUCCUAAAUAAAUCUUAGUUUGUGGAAGUGAACUGUUCUACUUUUGAGUUGAUCAUAAGUUCCUUUCAGACUUAGUAGCUGGCAUAACCACCUGGGAAUUUUAUCGACUUCUUUCGACAAUGCCCUAGGCUGCGGGGCGCAUGUUAUUUCACUUUUACGUAUUUAAUGACAACUAUACGGGCAUUUUAACUUAAAAAACUAUGGACCUGCUGUACCAAGUGCUUCCUGUCACCACGUUUAUGAGCGUUCUACAGUCGGCCGUGUACUUCUUUGCUCUCUUAAAUAUACAGGUCCGUGGUGACGCAGUGGAACCGUCUAAGCAUCCAGGCCUCCAGGUGCUGGCCACCGCCUCACACUACUGGCCUCUGGAUGCGGUGGACGGGAUCCCGGAGCUGUGGGACAAGUUUGGGAACAGAUCAGGUCAUAUUAAUGGGAGUAAUAUAACUCUCAGAAUCCACAACCACACUGUGCUGUCCACUUCUCAUAACUCUUCCUCUGUGUAUGCCAAUGAUUCUGCCUACACUAACAUUUCUGCAACAGUAGACAUUGUAGAAGGGAUGGUGAACAAGGGAAUCUAUCUAAACGGGGACCAAGGAGGAACUUUUCUGCACUUUGGGAACUACAAGAACUCUUGCAUCAGUGACCCAAUGCUAUGCGGGCCUGAAGGCAUUACAUUUUCUUUUUUCUGGAAGGACCAAGAGGUGGACUCCCGUUUCAGCAUCGCCUCUGGAGGUAAAGGCAUGUCCAACGGCUUCUCUGUGUACACCAACCCACUCGGGGGGUACGUGGAAUUCUACACCAGAGGCAACUCCAAGAGGUGGAUGGCCAAGAUUGAUCUUCCAGGUCCUUACUGGACACACAUUCUCUUCACUUGGACCAUGAAAGAUGGUCUGAGUGUCUACAUCAACGGGUCAUUCAGUGUCAGUGACACUAAAGGAAACUUCUCCCAGAACUAUGGGGACACCUACCCUCACCUGGUUAUUGGUACGGGAAACGACUUCAAAUCGAAGGGUCACUAUGCCACGGGUGCCUUUGAUGAAUUUGUGAUCUGGGAACGAGCGCUGUCUCCAGAAGAUAUCAGCAUGUACUACAAAGCAGCCAUUGGUAUGAAUGUUUUCUCCCCCACGCCAACUCCUCUUCCUUUCGUUGUGUCAUCGACGACCCAGCCGGCUCUGCAUCUCUCCCAGGAAACCACUCCAGAGUCCAGUGACCCCAUCAGCCUCAGUAACCUGACGGAGGACGUUGUUCCCUCUGAGGAGCCUGUGCCUAUGCCCAUUGCUUUGGACAAUCUGCCCAUCAGUCUGCAUAACAAGACCCUGCCCGGCCACACGGCCAACAACCUCACUCAGACAUUUCUCAGGACUGUAGAGGAGAUGUUGAACUCCACUGGAGCAGGCAGGGAGGACCAGACCCAAGGCCAGGCUGAUGACGAGUCUGCCCCUGUGGUAAAUGAGCUGAUCGAGACAGUGGACAAGGCCAUGGAUGGUUUGGUGAAUAUCCUGGAAGUGAAGUCUAAAGCCCCGGUUGCAGUCCAGGGCAAGUCUCGAGUAGCAGACUAUUCCUUGAUGAAGAUUCCACAGAACUACAACAUGCACACCUACAGAUUCCCAACCCAGGGCAAGAACUACAUCUCCGUCCCAGGAGCGGCCUUAAACAUGCUGUCUCAGACUACCAUUGUUGGACUCUUCUACCACAACAUGCACAACUAUUAUAAAGAGAUCAGCCCCAUGAAAACCAGGAUCAACGAGGCGUCUGACUUUAAAGACCACAAGAUACAGGUGGCCAGUUACCUCAUCUCGCUCAAAGUGGAGCCCUUACCUGCCCUGUCCAUCAACCUGUCCAAAGAGCCACUCAUCAAGAUCGUGCUCACGCAUCAGCUGACCAAAGAGCAACAAAUGCAAUCAUUGAACAAGAGCAACAGAGUUCACCUGUACUGUGCAUUCCUGGACUACAGCUCUAAAGAAGGUGUGUGGUCUAACGAAGGCUGUGUUCGUUCUGGUGGGAACCUGUCCUACUCUGUGUGUCUGUGUAACCACCUGACCAACUUCGCCAUCCUCAUGCAGGUUGUCCCCAUUGAGCUGUCCAAAGCCAACCAGGUAGCGCUGUCAACCAUCAGUUACAUUGGCUGCUCCAUCUCCAUCUUCUGUCUGGCCAUCACGCUGGUGACCUUCGCCAUACUUUCGUCGGUGAGUACCAUCCGUAACCAGCGCUACCACAUCCAUGCCAACCUGUCCUUCGCCAUCCUGGUGGCCCAGAUCCUUCUCCUCAUCAGCUUCCGCUUUGAGCCAGCCACGCUGCCCUGUAAGGUGAUGGCGGUGCUGUUGCACUUCUUCUUCCUGAGUGCCUUCGCGUGGAUGCUGGUGGAGGGCCUGCACCUGUACAGCAUGGUGGUCAAGGUGUUCGGCUCCGAGGGCAGCAAGCACAUUUACUACUAUGGCAUCGGCUGGGGAUCUCCUUUGGUGAUCUGCGUAGUGUCUGUGACCUCAGCUCUGGACAGUUACGGUGAAGUGGGGAAUUGUUGGUUGUCUCUUAAAAAUGGGGCCAUUUGGGCUUUUGUGGCUCCUGCCUUGUUUGUCAUAAUGGUCAACAUCGGUAUUCUCAUUGCUGUGACCAGGAUCAUUUCAAGAAUAAGUGCUGAAAAUUACAAAGUGCAUGGGGACGCCAACGCUGUCAAGCUGACGGCCAAGGCUGUGGCGGUUCUGCUGCCUAUCCUGGGCAUCUCUUGGAUCUUUGGGGUUCUGGCCAUCAAUAACCAGUCCCUUCUCUUCCAGUACAUGUUUGCAGUAUUCAAUUCUUUACAGGGUUUCUUCAUAUUCCUUUUCCACUGCCUGCUCAACUCUGAGGUGAGAGCGGCCUUCAAGCACAAGACCAAGGUGUGGUCCCUCACCAGCAGCUCCAUACGCAACAUCAACGUCAAGCCCUUCAACUCUGAUGUGAUGAAUGGCCCCAAGGGUGUAAGUCCAACAAGGAUGAACACGUGGGACAAAAGCAGCAACUCAGCCAAUCGUAUGGACCUGUCUGCCGUAUAGGAGCCAAUCCCUGCCCUGCAUCUGUCAUGAGGUGGGCAGGCCAAAGUGAGAGAUAGGAGAAGUAAACACUACACAACCAUCCUCUUUGCCUAAUGGCGAAACACUGGCUCAUUCAAAAGCUUCUUCAUGUUUUAAAACCAAAAUAUAUGUCACUCCUUUGGAGAACUUUCUCUCCUCUGUAGAUGUUUAGAUAAGACUGUCUGGAAAAGACUUUUCUGAUCAACAAGGCUUGGAGUCUACACACUACUCCACAAGUUGGAGUACUUUUGAAGACACUAACAUGGCUGAUUCGUCGUUGUGUCAGCAGCCAUAUUCUCUCCCUUGAAUAAAUCCUCCCACGUUUCUAUCUGCCCAGCCAGCGCUGUGUGGAGAGAGCUGACGACACAACACUUUGUGAAGCAGCCCUUUCUCUCUCCUGCCCCCUGCUGGUUAUCUACGACCCCCCACAGGUCCCUUGAGGGGGGGGGGGGAUUUCUUAACACUCCAAAACAUCAGACCAGAGGGACUGAACACAGUUUUGUAACAGAUGCUCACGCAUCCAUGAGGUGUCCACAAGAGAACACUUACUGUUAACGUCAUUGUAUUUCAAAACCAUGCCAUGUUGUUUGUCAUUAGUCACUGCUACAACAACGGAUGAAUUGUUGGAUUUGACACCUAUAAUUGUGUAUAAUUGUGGAAACCCCAGAACAUUGGGAGUGUUGUUCUGUCGAUGAUAGUUUUAAUCUGUUCGUAAUGACGCCUUCUUUGGAUUUGUCUUUGUGAAACUGAUAUUGUGCCAUACCCAGCCUUAGCAGUUAUGCUUCGUCACUUUUUUUGUAAAGUUAAAGUGUUCAGUUGGGCUCAGCAUGGUUCCUGUUGACUGGUGCAGACACAUAGACAUUCAACCUGUGGACUCCGUGGAAGGUUGUCAGUUGUCAUGGCCUUUAGCUACCAUUUGCUUUGAUGCCAUUUCCAAUUCCUUCCCCUGAGAAUACACUGUGGAUUUGAUCCACAUACAGUUUUAGCUGGACACUGCUAGGCCUCAUUUUUGACCUAGUUCAUUGUGGACUAUCAUUUCAAAGUUGAAGUUGAUGCUAUAGAGCACAGAUCACAGUUAUAAAUGCGACCAACAUCAUCAUUAUCUGAUUGUGUACAACUUUAACCAGCAGCAAUAGGCUGACAGAACCAACUCAUAGUGAAAUAUACCCAAGUCAGUAAGAGCAAGCUGAUGGCAUGACAACCCAGAUUGGAUGUUCAGUGCAGGAUGGAGACUACAAUAGAUGAUAAUGAGUCAGAAAUCUUUACUUUUCAAUCAGCUGUACUUUUUACCUUCUCUUUAGCACACUCAGCUACCAUUCCCCAGGAAGGAAACUGCAUAGCAUCAAAUAAUCUACAUGACAAUCACACACACACACACACACACACACACACACACACACACACACACACACACACACACACACACACACACACACAUCAAAUUUUACAUACCAUUUAUUGGGCAUCAGUCCUCAAUUAUGGAUUCAGUAACAAAACCAUAAACUGUCAAGAAAAGUUUGUUGUUCACUGUAUGUAAUAUUUUGCUAGUCCUAAGUAUAACCUUUUCUAAGGUAGUUACUAUAAGGUUAGCAUCUUGUCCUUUAUUUAAAUGCAAGCUGUCAGUGUCACAACCACAUUACUCAUUAAUAUCCGUGAGCUGUAACUCACUGGACUUCAUGUAAGUUAUUGAACACAACACUACACUACACUACAUUACACUACACAGUAUAAUCAAAUUAUCUUGUGAAUGACCACAUGGGCAUUCCUUCAGCCUGCAGACAGAAUGAUGAAAUGUGAAACUCUGUCCCUCCCAAGCUGACAUGCUGUGUCAUCAAGUUUGGGACCAUUUCUUCCUCAAUGAUGGGAUCAUUUCCUCCACACAUCCAUUUGAGUUAGUCCACAGUUUAAAGAGUGAAAUCAACAGUAAGGUCAAUAGGAUUGUUUCAACAAUUUGGUUUCAUUAACAUCACAACAUCAUGAGUAGUCGUUUUUCAUUUAAAGAAUUACAGUACAGCAUUUGCAUCUGUAAAUGUAGUUUACAGAACUACAUAUGCAUUUGCAUCAGUACAUUUGCAGUGCACAUCCUAGGUAACAAAUCUAUGACCUUGGUGUUGUUAGCAAUUGGUUCUAUUGGUAAAUAACAACAACAGUUCAUUUUUGCCAUAGUAGCCUAUAAGGUACAGUAUGGCACUACUCAAGUUGAAAAACAUAUUUUGUAACUAAGUGGGAUCUACGUCAAGGAUAAUGUUUGAUAUCAAAUGUAAUUGUGCCAAAUAAUCUUCUUUCAUAAUUGUAAUCCUCAUGUGUGGAUUUUUUGCAAGUGUUCAUAAGAAAACCAUCACUGAGGAAAUUUCUGACCAUCCUAUCAGAACGGCAAAACUGAUACAGUAGAGAUCCAUUUUAUGAUUUAGAAAAUAAUGUUCUGAGAGGUGUGACAUGAAUUACAUGUAGGUACCUCAUCUGUCUAUGAACUGCAGUAUUUCACACUUUCCUGUCAUGAAUGAACAACCAAUGUGAGUCACCCACAGUCUGUGAAUUGUUUUGUUGAUAAUGUUAUUUGUACUGAGUUGUAGUUAUUGUUCUGUGUCAAAGAUUUUUAUGUUUGGGUCUUCCAUAGAUAGGGACUUUAAUUCAAGUCCUACACACAUACAGUAGGGCCUAUUCCACAUUACGUUCUAACUUUGUUGUGAUCAAAAGCUGUUUCAGACCAAUACCUGUUGUAGUACUGAGUGUAAAAUCACAUUUUUCCCCAGUUGUAGGACUUUACUGUACAGACUGUUUGAGGAGUUGAGUUCUCUUGUAUGUCAGAAAAUGUAGGGCUUCCUUAAUGUUUAUCACAAGCUUGUACAUUUAUUUCUCGCACUGUUUGUGACCAAUAUCUUCUGUAUUGCCAUAUUUUAAAUAAAUGAAACAUUCGUGA